AAAUCAUCGAUUCACCGCUUCAGACUCUGUUUUAGACCAAAGUCGAGUGCUUUCAUCUUCUUCUUAAGCAUCUAUGGCCGCGUCUCUAACAUCUCUUCCGACCACUUUCUGUCUAAGCCAUAGUGAUGAGUGUUGUAACAGCCGUUCACCUACCAAAUCACCAUUUCCAGGCCACCAUCCUCUGGCUGGGAGGAGGAAGGGUCACUUGCUGCAUUACGAACUUACUACAGUGAGGAGAUUGGUCGUGACGGCGGCGACGGAGGGUUCUAGAAAAUCUAAAGAAAGUGAACCGUCUUGGGCGAACCCUGACUCAGAUGAGCCACCUCCUUGGGCUAGAAAUGAAGGUCGUUCUUCUACGUCCCAAGAGAGCUUUGAGGUUCCCUUCUAUGUUUAUCUGCUAGCCUCUGCGAUUACUGCCAUUGCUGCUAUUGGUUCUGUUUUCGAGUACUCAAGCAAGAAUCCAGUUUUCGGGGUCUUGGAUUCUGACAGCAUCUUUUAUACUCCUGUGCUUGGAUUCUUUGCUCUUACUGGAAUCCCUACUUCUGUAUUUCUAUGGUUCAAAUCCGUUGAAGCUGCUAAUAAGGAAGCUCAGGAACAAGAUAAAAGAGAUGGCUUUCUUUAAAACUCAUUUGUGUGUUUCUGCAACUUUCUUACAAUGAUUAUUGUCCUCCACAUACUCUGAAUAUAGUUGUGCAUUUUCAAAGGAGCUUGCUUCUGUUCACUGUAUUAUUACCACAAUGUGUCAUGUUACAACGCAAUGCUGCAGCUGAGAGAGUAAACUAAUUUUGAAGUUGCUUGCAAUUUAAA